CUUAAUUGAGUGAACAGUUUUCCCUCGAUCCUUUCAGUAUAAAAACAAGCAACGAGAGGGAAGGAUUGUCAAAACGAUGAAAGGAAAAAAAAAAAAAACCAAAAAGCAACUAUAAUAUUUGAGUGAAAAAAUUGGUACGUCCGUGAGAAGGAAGUGCAAUAAUAAAUACUUUAAAGGAGAGAGAAAAAGGAGAGGAAAGAAAAGAAAAAAAAAGGAAAGGAAACGGAAGAAAAAUCUACUAAUCCGAUGGCCUUGUCUCUUUGCCUUUAUUAAUUUCCAAAUAUUUCUUUUUUAUUUUCAACAAAGAGCGUCUUGUCAACCACCCAACGCCACGCAGUCGCUUCCCGGUUCCGGCCUCAGCUUACCCUUUCUUUCCUGUCCUUACUAGCUCAGCCUUUGUCAGAUCACCUCAAAAUUCUUAGUGUGUCUCUUUUUUUUUUCGAAUUUAUUUUUUUGGGUUUCCCUUUUUUGUUCUUCUCUUAACAUGUGCAAGUCUUGGUGCAAUUUCACUUCAAGGCCUCCUUUACAUAAAAACUGCAAAGAAUUUCAAUAUUUUCCCAUUAAUCCAAAGUUCAAGACUACUCGAUUUGAUAUGAAAACGAAAACUUUUUGCAGUAAAUGAUAAGUAGGUGUAUAGCUAUAUUCUUUAGGGUUUCUAUUCCUUUAGACUACUUUCUUUAGGGUUUUUACGUUUUGUGUGUCUUUGCUUUCUAGCAAGAGAAUUUUUGGCUUGGGUUUGUUGAAAAAAAGGAAAAAAAAAAGAUAAUGGAAGAAUAUAAUCAGCUAAACGAGAAUAGUACACCAAGGGGAAAUUUCUUAUACGCAUCCCCGGUUCUUGCACCAAAUUCUUCUCCAUAUGGGAGGGCAAGUAGCGGUUCUAAUGUGAGUAAUCAGCAGAACCAGAUGCCUUUAACCUCCUUUCACCUUCAAUCGAGCGAGUGCUAUCAAUCCGAGACACACCCAAUUGUGAAAACUGAAGCUAGCACCUCACAACAUGGCCAAAAAUUUCACUACCCUUUUUUGAGAGGGCAUCAAGCAAUUCAUCAGCAACAAGAAGGGAACGAAAGCACCAGUGAAGUUGAAGCUAUCAAAGCCAAGAUCAUUGCACAUCCUCAGUACUCUAACCUCUUGGAAGCUUACAUGGAUUGCCAAAAGGUAGGAGCUCCGCCUGAAGUAGUAGCCCGGCUAGUAGCGGCUCGACAAGAGUUUGAGGCAAGGCAGCGAUCUUCAGUGACAUCGAGAGACUACUCAAAAGAUCCGGAACUCGAUCAGUUUAUGGAAGCUUACUAUGACAUGUUGGUGAAAUAUCGAGCGGAACUAUCGAGGCCUAUACAAGAAGCAUUGGAUUUCAUGCGGAGGAUCGAAGCUCAACUUAACAUGCUCAGCAAUGGUCCCGUGCGGAUCUUUAAUUCUGAUGAGAAGUGUGAAGGUGUUGGUUCAUCUGAGGAGGAUCAAGACAAUAGUGGUGGAGAAACCGAACUACCUGAAAUUGAUCCACGUGCUGAAGAUCGAGAACUGAAGAACCACCUAUUGAGGAAAUAUAGUGGUUACUUAAGUAGUCUCAAGCAAGAACUCUCCAAGAAAAAGAAGAAAGGGAAACUACCCAAAGAAGCUAGACAGAAAUUGCUUAGUUGGUGGGAGUUACACUACAAAUGGCCAUACCCUUCGGAGACAGAGAAGGUGGCAUUGGCUGAAUCGACAGGUUUGGACCAGAAACAAAUCAAUAAUUGGUUCAUAAAUCAAAGGAAGCGUCACUGGAAACCUUCGGAAGACAUGCAAUUCAUGGUGAUGGAUGGUCUGCAUCCACAGAAUGCAGCACUAUAUAUGGAUGGUCACUACAUGGGUGAUGGUCCUUACCGGUUGGGGCCGUGAUAAUGCGCAAUAUAGCAUUAGAGAUUACCUGCCUCUGCAGGAAUAUAUAUAUGUGAGUGUUUUAAUUAGUUACAUUGCAGCCAUAGUAUAUGAGAACUAUUAGUAUUCGCAUGUUCUUUUUUCUUUUGAUAGAAAUCAGCAAUUCCCUACAACAAAAUCUAGUAUCUCUGAAUAACAAACAUCCUUAUAGUUUUGUGCAUGCCUGCUCAUUGUGAUGAUCAUUGAGGAUGGCGAUUUUAAUUGUUUUCAUUGUACCACUAGCACGGAUUCAGGAUGUUUGACAUUGUUUCCUAUGUUAGAAGGUAUAUAUAUGCUGUUGCGCUUUGUAACUUUAUUGCUGUCUGAAAGUGAAGGGUAUUUAAGGAGCUAGCGCCGCAAGAGAGAUGUAAUCGUGUAAUCUAAAGCUCUACUACUUGUUUAAGUGUAUAUAGCGAGAAAGUAAGUACGGAUCAGUUAAUGAAUAGUUGCAAUACUUAGAGAUCUUCUCUCCUGAAUAUUCAACUCAUGUAGCCUGGCCAUCAUGUAUAAUCCAAAUGUUAGCUUCCUCUUUUUAUC